AUGCAGACAGCAGCCCUCGAAAUCUUGCUCUCUGCCCAAAAUUUGAAAAACAAAACCUCGAUUUCCCAGGGUUCAACACUCACAUCACAGGGAAUGUCACCAAAUAUUGUUCUUGAAAACCUUGUCCAACCGUUCUCAGCAGGCCUGCAGAGCAUACAGUCUCAAGCGCCGGCUUCUUCUCUUUCGGUCCAUGUGACUGACCCUUCUCUUACUUCGACAGAAGCACCAGGUGCUAGAUAUCCAGAAGGAGAUGGAUUUGAUGCACUGUUUGAGGAAAUGGUGACUUCGGUUCCUGUAAACAGACAGGAGUCGGCCUUUGCCCAAAAUUUGGGCUUCUGUGCCGAUGAUAUGGAUACAGACUUUUUGGAACAACUUCAACAACUACCCGAAAGUUGA